AGACAAGAAUUCAGGUGAGAUUGACAAGAUCGAAAAGGGACUGAACCUCGAUCAGGGUCUGGGUUGGAUUGAGAAUCAGGAGUGGAUCGGGAGCCGCUCAACUCCGCCCGCCGCUUGUGGAGAAAUUCCCAGUCCGGACGGAGAGAGGAGAGGUCCAUGUCAUCGUCCACCCUCCCCCUUCAUAUCAACAAACCCCACCUCUCGUGCUCUACGCUUUCUUCUGCUCAGCUCAUAUCCGUUCAACAUAUCAGGACGGAGCUGUAUGAUGGCUGCGCAACCUCUCAACCCCCCUCCGCCCCCGGAAUGGGUGGUCAGGAUGAACACCCCAAUGCCGCGCCCACCUAAAGACGCGGCCAAUAUCCCCAAUCCUCCAGGUUUCGCAAAAAAAGCUGGCGGUAAACAUCUUGCGCAACAGUCGUCCACCACAGCCGCGCCGACCAAACCCGAGGAUACCGAUACCUUGAAGCUGAAGAAAGCCUGGGAGAUCGCCCUGGCGCCCUCGAAGCAGAUCCCCAUGAACGCUAUUAUGAUGUAUAUGUCAGGAAACAGUCUCCAAAUCUUCAGCAUAAUGAUGGUCUUCAUGCUCUUCAAGGGCCCGAUCCAAGGUCUCAUCAACACCAACGCUGUCUUCACCAAGUUUGAAACCGAAGGAACACGGGGAAAGCUCCUUGGCGUGAAGGCCAUUUAUGUAGUAAUGCAGCUAGUCUUGCUCUGCUUGGGUAUCUGGAAGGUCAACGCAAUGGGCCUCUUGCCGACUACAAGAUCGGACUGGUUAGCUUGGGAGUCGGAGCGGCAGCCAUUGGAGCCGGCUUAUUUUGCGUUUGGAUGAUCAUCAGGGUAUAUAAUGCUUAGGUAGGCAUAUCAGAACCCAAACAGAACAUGAACAGGCCGCAGCGGUUACAUCCAGCAAUGAGUUGAUGCAACAGACCCUCAAAUUGUCCGUGACAUGUUACGUUAGUAACUUGUACUUGUCGGAUUUGUAGAACAUGUAGUAUACCUUCUACCAAAAUCUAAAAGCUCAAAGGAGGGUAAAUUCUUUAUCCAGACCC